UUGAUUGAAGGUUCCCUUCUACUACUUGUUCUUCUCUAGCUACCUUAUCAUCAUAAAAACGAGAAACGAAUGAUUCACAUUAGCCAAAACUAAACGCCGCUCUAUUUCCGUCUCAUUUUCACUCACUAUGGCUUCGGAUGAGACCAUGAACUUUCACUCUUGUUCGUUACACGAAGAUGACUUUGAUGAUGAUGAUGAUGAUCACCCCCACAACUUGUCGAGGCUCUCCGUGUGCACUGGCAGCACCUUUGGUGUCGACGACGAUGUUGACAAUCUGGCCUCCAUGUGCGUGUCACACUUGUCCAUCGAAAGCUUCGACGCAGAUGGUGAGUUAUCAUCCGACUCAGAAAACGAAUUGGGAAGUUGUUACUCUCUGCCCUCUACGCCCCCACGAAUGAGGAAACAGCUUAAGGACUAUGCCAGUGACAAUGGGAAUGAAAUUACAAACAAGAGUGAUCCACGGAGAAGGAGAAGAUCCUUUAGGAGGGAGAGGUGGGGGUUUGAGAAGACUAAGAUCAGGAAAGAGGAGGGGCUUAGUGGGGAUAGUGAUCAAAGUGGUGUCAUGCUCAUAACUAGACCCAAAGGUGGAAUUAGGUCUCUUUGCAUGGACUUGGAGGAAGUUAAGGCUUGUAGAGAUCUUGGAUUUGAGUUGGAACACGAACGUAUGCUUGAGAUCCCUUCUCGUCUCUCUUUUUCCAAUUCCACACUUGACACUAGCAGUGGUAGCAACUCUCCCAUCGCCAAUUGGCGUAUCUCUGCUCCAGGUGAUGAUCCACGAGACGUGAAGGCACGGCUCAAAGUGUGGGCGCAGGCGGUGGCACUUGCGUCUGCCUCAAAAUACGGCACAUGAAUUCAAUUUUCUUCUAACUCGUUCUUGCUUUUUGUUCGAUUGAGACUAUAUGUUAUAGCGUAUUAGUAUAAUAUAAGCCUUUUUGUCUUCCCACUAUGAUUGGUGGUUGUAUCAUUUUGUUGUAGAUUUUAGGUUGUUUUUUUCCCACUAGGAGUGUUGAGGUUUCAGGUGGAAGUUCGUUUUUUGAGUGAUGGUCACUUUUGCUCUGUACAGUAGUAGUGUUUGAAUAAAAUGAAGAGGCCGUGAUUGGAGAAAGUAAAGUAGUGUGUGCAUAGCUAGUGAAAAUAUGUAGUACCAAUGUGAACGCCCAAAGAAAAAACACUGGUGAAAUUUUUGGAUUCAUUUUAGCA